AUGGGGUUUUUCUACGACAACAGCGUAAUCGUGCUGAUUCAAAAGGUGUUCAGACGGCCUGCGGACGUGACGAUGUGGCUUUUUACCGGGAUGAUCGUCGUGGGCACCCUUUACACGAUGAUCGCUGUGGGGCCGCAGCCCAAGCCACGCAGAGACCGUUAA